CUCCACGGGCUGUAGCCGGUUUUCAAAACACUAGUUAAAAUUAAACCAUGGUUAAAAAGAUGAAUGGCUUUCUUCAUCAGUUCAUGAAUAAGCUCUUUUGUCUCCUCACACUAUCAAUUCACCCCCAAAAGUCAUUGAAGAUAUAUAAAUAACAGUUGUUGAUAUAUAUAGAGAGAGAGGGGACGAAUUUGUGUUUGGAGAAUGAGAGAUCUGUGUUGAGAAGUAUGUGUACAGAAAUGGCUGCUUCUGAUAGUGGCCGCAACGCUCCCGGCGGCGCUGGAAAGGUUGAUGCGGAGAGAGCGUUGUACACGGAGCUAUGGCGUGCAUGUGCAGGUCCGCUUGUGACAGUGCCACGCGAAGGCGAGCUAGUGUUCUAUUUCCCACAAGGUCACAUUGAACAGGUUGAAGCAUCAACCAAUCAAGUUUCAGACCUGCAGAUGCCAGUGUAUAAUCUUCCUUCUAAGAUCCUCUGCCGUGUAAUUAACGUCCUAUUGAAGGCUGAACCAGAUACUGAUGAGGUGUACGCACAAGUGACUUUGAUGCCAGAACCAAAUCAAGACGAAAGUGCAGUUACGAAGGAACCGAUGCCCCCUUCGUCACCACGAUUCCAUGUGCACUCUUUUUGCAAGACACUAACUGCCUCCGAUACCAGCACUCAUGGAGGCUUUUCUGUCUUGAGACGGCAUGCUGAUGAAUGCCUCCCUCCUUUGGAUAUGUCUCGGCAACCUCCAACACAGGAGUUGGUGGCCAAAGAUUUGCAUGCAAAUGAGUGGCGCUUCAGGCACAUAUUUCGGGGCCAGCCUAGGAGACACCUUCUUCAGAGUGGUUGGAGUGUCUUUGUAAGUUCAAAAAGGCUUGUUGCCGGGGAUGCAUUCAUAUUUCUUAGAGGUGAGAACGGGGAGCUUCGUGUUGGAGUCAGACGUGCCAUGAGACAGCAGGUUAAUGCUCCAUCAUCAGUGAUAUCCAGUCAUAGCAUGCAUCUCGGUGUCCUUGCUACGGCUUGGCAUGCAAUUCAGACAAAAACGAUGUUCACAGUAUAUUACAAACCAAGGACGAGCCCUGCUGAUUUUAUAGUUCCAUAUGACCAGUAUAUGGAGUCUGCGAAAAACAAUUACUCCAUCGGGAUGAGGUUUAAAAUGAGGUUUGAAGGUGAAGAAGCUCCAGAACAGAGGUUUACUGGCACUAUAGUUGGCAUUGAAGAUGGUGACCCCAAAAGGUGGUCUGAAUCCAAAUGGAGAUGCCUGAAGGUUCGAUGGGAUGAAAGUUGUGCUAUUCCUAGGCCAGACCAAGUUUCACCCUGGAAAAUAGAGCCAGCUCUUAGCCCUCCUGCCCUUAAUCCACUUCCAAUACCAAGGCCAAAAAGGCCUCGAUCAAAUGUUCUGCCCUCGUCUCCUGAUUCUUCUGUUCUUACUAGGGAAGGUUCAUCCAAAAUAACUGCAGACCCUUCACAAGCCAAUGGGUUUUCAAGGGUCUUACAAGGUCAAGAAAUGUCGACCUUGAAAGGCAAUUUCGUAGAAAAUAAUGGGUCAGAUGCUUCUGAGAAGCCAAUUGUAUGGCCACCGUCACUGGAUGAUGCUAGGACUGAUGUUCAUUCUGCAUCAAGGAGAUGUCUGCCAGAUAAAUGGCUUCCUUUAGGAAGGCCUGAAUCAUCUUUUACAGAUCUAUUAUCAGGUUUUGGGGUGCAAGUGAGUUCCUCCCACAGGCUCCAUUUACCCACUGGGGGGAAAACAUCACUUCCUGCUAGCUUGGUGAAGCGACAAGCACUGGACAAGGAAAAUGAAUUCAGCUUACUGGGAAAACAAUGGUCUCUAGCGCCUUCUGGUCUCUCACUUAAGCUGAUGGAUUCAGGAUUGAAGGGGGCUGAUAGUCUUUAUCAAAUGCGGGAAACAUCGAGGUGUAGUGGUUUUAAUGAGUAUCCAACCCUCCCUGGUCAUAGAAUUGACAAUCAACAGGGAAAUUGGUUAAUGCCCCAGUCUGUGUUGCCUUAUAUUCCGAUGUCCACUCAUUCUGGAGAAAUGAUGCCUAAACCCAUGGCUUCACUACAACCCGAAGCCGUGAAACCCAAAGAGGGGAAUUGCAAACUAUUUGGCAUUCCCCUUGUAAGUACCUCUGCUUCCAUAGAUCCUAUCAAGUUGCGAAAUAAUUCACCGAUUGACUCGGCAAGUAACAUGGAUUUUGGUGUACAUCUACAUCAAUUCUCUGCAACUGAAUCUGAUCCAUGGUCUGAGCAAUCAAAGGGAUCAAAGGUACUAGAUGAUGGUAUCACAGUUAACGAUCAGGAGAAACAAUGCCAAACCUCUCAUCUGGGUACUCGGGAUAGAGAGGGCAAAGGCCUCACUAAUUCAACAAGGAGCUGCACCAAGGUUCAUAAACAUGGUACAGCCCUUGGAAGGUCUGUGGAUCUUGCAAAGUUCAACAACUAUGAAGAAUUGAUAGCUGAACUGGAUCACCUUUUUUAUUUUAAUGGUGAGCUCAAGGCUCAGAACAAGAACUGGCUGGUUGUAUAUACUGAUGAUGAGGGUGACAUGAUGCUUGUUGGAGAUGAUCCAUGGCAAGAAUUUUGUGGUAUGGUUUGCAAGAUUUUCAUCUACACGAAAGAAGAGGUGCAGCGGAUGAACCCAGGGACUCUCAAUUCAAAAGGUGAGGACAAUUCUUCUGUUGCAGAAGGCUCUGAUGCUAAAGAAGUGAAGGAUCUGCAUCUUCCUUCUGAGUCCAGUCCUGAAGAUUCUUAGCAUGUCCUCCUAGUUGAGGUAUUGAAAAGUUUAUAGUAUCUGCAGAAAAGACUACAUCCACUCAGCUGUUGCUUUUUUGGGGAUUUCUGAAGGUAGUUACCUGCCAUAUUAAGUCUCUUUUAACUUCUGGAUGGCUGGUCUCUCCAUAUAGAUGCAGCUUCUGUAUUUUGCAGUUUCGACCCUUUUUUGGAGCCAAUUUAUGGUGACUUAUCUAUACACAGUAUACACAUUAUCAGCCUGGUCACAGUCUGGCUUUUGCUUAUUUUGAUAUGUACAUACCUAGUUUUUAACAAUUAUCCUGGCAACUCUAAAUGUAAAUAAGAAGUUGAUACACAGCAUACCUUGUCUACUGUUAAUUUAUGUACUACUGGUAUCCAGCUGCUUCUAGUACCCUACAUAUUUUGUAUCAGCAGUUGUGGUCGUCCGGCUGGACAUGUAUUGGUAAUCAUUCAAAUUUUGAUCAUAGGAGUUGAAGAAAAAUCUUACUAUUUGGUUAUUA